AUGAAAGCGAAUUUCUGUAACAACAGUUUAACUCACAGUGAACAGGGUACUGUUGUGUGCCGACAAUCGAACGGUUGGGGAGACAAGUGCCAGCUAAGGGAAGAAACCAAACAUGUUCGUUUCUCGGUUCCUUACGCCAAGACCCCGGUGGUGUCCCUUGCUGCUGUGAGUGUGGAUGUGGAUGAUAUCAGCAAGUAUAGCCUUAAAGUCAGGGACCUCACGACAGCAGGGUUCACGGUUGUAUGCGCUACCUGGUGGGACACCAACAUAAACAGCCUAGAGGUCCAGUGGACCAGUGUCGCAGCCUAA